UAUUAAGUAAUCUAACCGCUGGAUUAUACAUCUGAGGAAGUGUUCUGGAAUAUUAAAUGAAUUACGUCACGAUAUAUUCUAUGCGUCUGACAUAAGUGUUGAGUAUGUGAAGUAGAUUUGUUAGAUAAAUGUAGAAUUUAAUACAGAAAUAUAAUUGCAAAUGCCAAUCAGUUUUUCGUUUGACUUCUGAAAGAACUAAUGUAUACGGAACGCCAGCAGAGUUGCCUCUUACCCGAGGAGUUAACCGAAUGCAAUUUCUUUCCAACUUCGCAACAUAACCAUAUAGGACAGAAAUCUUAUAUAUGUGAUAUAUGUAACAAUUCUUUCACGUUGAAGCAGAACUUAGUGGCACAUAUGCGUGUUCACACUGGAGAAAAACCUUACGUGUGUGAUAAAUGCAACAAGAGAUACACAGGAAAACAAGCUUUAAUGCAUCAUAUGUAUAUCCACACAGGAAUGAAACCUCAUGUAUGUGAUACGUGUAACAAGUCAUUUACACGGAAGCAUACUUUACUGGAACAUGUGCGUAUUCACACUGGGGAAAAACCUUAUGUUUGUGAUAUAUGUAAUGAGAGAUUUAGAGGAAAGCAAGCUUUGGCAGAGCAUGGGUAUAUUCACACAAGAGGACAACCUCAUACAUGUGAUACCUGUAAUAAGACAUUCCCACGAAAGCAGAAGUUACUGGAACAUGUGCGUAUUCAUACAGGGGAGAAACCUUAUGUUUGUGAUAUAUGUAACAAAGGAUAUACACAAAAGCAUGUUUUAGUGGCACAUAUGUGUAGCCAUACUGGGAAGAAACCUCAUUUAUGUGAUAUAUGUAACAAUUCAUUCACUCGAAAGCAGAAUUUAGUGGAACACAUGCGUAUUCACACAGGAGAAAAACCAUAUGUAUGUGAUAUAUGUGGCAAAGGAUACAGACAAAAGAGUGCUUUAAUAGCACAUAGGUAUAGUCAUACAGGUGACAAACCUCAUGUAUGUGAUACGUGUAACAAGGCAUUCCCACGAAAGCAUGAUUUACUGCUUCAUAAACGUAUUCACAUGGCAUAGGUACUUUCUCUGUAAAAUAUGUGUAAUGUGUCAUUUGCACGGAAGCAUUUUUUGGUUAAUCUUUGGAUUAUGGUAACUUGGCGAUAUUUUGGCGACCAACCCUGCUACAGCAACCUGCUAGUUUUUGUUUUCACAAAGUAAAGGCUUUUUUUUUUUUUACUCAACAAU